GAGUGACAAAGACAGAAAAUUUGAAAAUGAAAACUGGACAAAUGAAUAUGAAAUCAUAUUGUGAUUGCACCUUAAUGUAUUUAAUUUGCUUCCUUUUUUGAAAAAACAUGUUCUGUUGACGAAAAUCGAACAAUCAUGUUAAGUUUAGCGACCAGGCAAUGCUUUCGAACAAUUGAACGAAAUAAAACAGCAUUUUUAAAUGUUGGUCGUUAUAAUUAUCCGACAGUUUCUAAUAAAUGCACAUUUUUGCAAAGUUUCCUUUACAGAAACACUUCUAGUCCCCAAAAGAUAACGAAUUUAUUUCGAAGAAAUGGCACGAUUGCUUUACAAUUCGCCACAAAACCAAAUAUUAAAUCGCAAAAACUCGUUGGCACGUGGUUAUUUACAUGUAGUGGAAUGGUUUUUGUAGCCGUUGUAUUAGGAGGUGUCACAAGACUCACCGAAUCGGGAUUAUCAAUGGUCACAUGGAAAUUGCUUGGAGAAAAAAUGCCAACAACAGAAACCGGUUGGGUCGAAGAAUUCGAGAAAUAUAAAACAUUUCCCGAGUAUAAAAUAAACAACGCCAACAUGACUUUAGAGGAAUUCAAAAGAAUCUGGUGGAUGGAAUACGCACACAGAAUGUGGGGUCGUCUAAUUGGUUUUACAUUUCUGAUUCCUGCGGCUUAUUUUUGGAGUAAAGGAAUGUUAAAACCAGGAAUGAAGAGUCGUGUCCUGGCACUUGGGUCACUUAUCGGUGCUCAAGGACUAUUGGGAUGGUAUAUGGUGAAAUCGGGACUUGAAGAUCGUUUUCACGGACCAUCGGAUGUACCAAGAGUUUCACAAUAUCGUUUAGCGUCGCAUUUAGGCUUGGCAUUUAUUUUAUUUACCGGUUUACUUUACAAUGCACUGGAUCAUAUUUUACCGGCGAAGAGAAUUGAACUCGAUUAUUUUGGUUCAUCGAAUAUCAAGCAGAAUAUCAUUAAAACACUAAAACGAUUUCGAAUCAUGGUUCAUGGAACGAAGGGCUUGGUUUUCGUCACUGCUCUCUCAGGUGCAUUUGUCGCUGGAAUGGAUGCGGGUCUAAUUUACAAUACAUUUCCAAAAAUGGCUGAUAAAUGGAUACCGGACGAUAUUUUUGCCCUUUAUCCACCGCUGAGGAAUUUUACCGAAAAUCCCACGACUGUUCAGUUUGAUCACAGAAUACUGGGAAUAACAACUUUAGGUUUAGUCACCGGCAUUGCAAUAAUGUCGAGAAAAUACAAAUUACCGGGUAGAGCAUCUUUGGCAAUAAAAGUGGCUCUAUGUGCGGGAUAUAUGCAAGUAAUUUUAGGUAUUUCGACUUUAGUGCAUCACGUACCGAUAACACUCGCUGCAUUACAUCAGUCUGGCAGUCUUUUACUUUUAAGUUCCAUGAUUUGGCUCUGUCACGAACUCAAAUAUUUGAAAAAACUAAUAAAGUAAGAAAGGGAGAAUUCAAACUAAAACUUUUUACAUACUUGAGAAAAUUCCAUUUUCACCUUUUUUAAAUGCAAAAAUUAAAAAGAAACAAUGACAAUAAAAAAUUUAAAAAUAAAAAUAAUUAGAAUAAAUAUAAAUAAAAUACUAAAACAAAAUUUUAAAAAAUAGAAAAAUAAGCAGAGUUGCCACUGCCACACUUUUGCUCUUUUCAAAUUCCCUGACAUUUCCAGGUUUCAAGGUUGCGUGUCAACCCUGAUAAGUUUAAAUUAAAAAAAAACAAAGUUAAAUCUCUGAUAGUUUGCAAAGGAAAAAGAAAAUGGAUUAAAUUACUAUUUAUACAUAUAGUUUUUAUUUGACAGUAAGUAGUUUUAUAAUUGUCACUUAUAAAAAUUAUUCUUUUUUAUUCAACUUUAUAAAUGAUUAGUGUAUUGUGACACUCUCGUGAAUGUUUAAUGCUUUUGUAAUACAAAUUGCAAACCUUUUUUUUUGUAAUUAUUAUCAAAACGUAAUUAGUGUGUGUUUUAAUGUCUCCAAAUUUUCCAAAUUCUUUUGCUUGUUUAUUUCCCUUGAAAUCUUAAAUUUUUUGUUUUGUCAAAUUCAAAAACAUUUUUUUCUUACUAUUUACGAAUAACGAAUAUUUGUCUACAUUUUUGACACCAAAUAAAAUAUAUUAUUUACACUAAAAUAAUAUAUUUACUAUAUUUGAAACAAUAUUUAAAAAUUAUUUCAAUUUUUUAUCGCUAUCAAAUUUUCUUUUGUUCUUCAAUUCCAUCUACAUUUGCAAAAUGUUUUCGGUUUCAUUUAAGUGGCAGUUAUAUAAACGCUUUGUCAAUCAGUCAAAUUUUGAUUUUUUUUUUCUUUCAUAAUAAUGUAACGAGUAAUAGUUUCUUUUCACUCAUUUUUUUAAAUUGCACUUUUAUUAUUUAUUUAUUUACAAGCAUUCCUGGAGACAUUGAGAACAUGUCGCACUUUACAAAAGUGAUAACCAGUAUAUUAAGAGUAUUAAAAAAAAAAUAAAAUAAAUAAAUAAAGAAAAAUGUAAAUCACACGAUACAGUCAAACGUGGAUAAAAAUAAUAUUUGUAACUUUAUGGGUGUCUUAUAAAAAAUUCCAACACACGAUUCAAGUCAUAUCAUUAUAAUAUGAAAUAGCUUUUUUAAAAUAUUAUCAAAGGCAAAAAUAUGUAAUAUUAUGCAUUAUAUUUUUUAUUCAAUUAAAAUCUUGAUUACUUGCAUUUUUUAAAAAUAUUUUUUAUAAAUACUGUACAGAAAAGUUUUUUUUUAUAAAAUAAUUUUUUUUUCUUGUCGCAAAAGCGUAAUGUAUAGAAAUUGUUUAACGUGCAGUGUUGAGAAAAAGUACCUGCAAGUCUCUGCUAAAAAUUAAAUCCUUUUUCUAUCUUUAUUUAGAAGAAACAUUUAACAUGACGAAUUUUUCUAAUUUUGUUAUCUCUAGAAAAAAUAAAUUUCAAAAUGUUUUUCCCAUUUUCAGCAAAGAAGUAGGUAUUUUUUUAUUUUGUCAAAAGAAAAUUGCAAUUAAAUUAAUUAGUUUUGUAGUGUUUAUUAUUAUUAGUGACUGUAGGACGAUUUAGAGAAAUAUCUCCAAGUAAACGUCAAUAAUAAAAAUUAUAAUUACACUUAAGCACUUUUCUAAUAAGACUUUUGUCAGUCAAGAAAAAAACAACUAAUGGCUGCUUUUUAAAACACAACCAUUUCAUUAUUAUUAUUAAUAUUUUGUGUUUCUUUUUCUCUCUGCUUUGAAAUAUAUUUGAAAUAAUUAAGUAGAUAUGGUAAAAAUUAAUUAAUAUUUCUUGUAAUUUCAAUUGAUAGAUCAGUCUAAAAAAAAUAACAGCUACAAUUUGAGUUAUCAAUAUUUUUCGAGCACAGCAUCGAAAAAAAAAUGAGAAUAACACAAAAUUGAA